CACAACCCACAGUAUACUGCUUACCCUACUUGGUGGAGCAUCAACUAAACUGGUCUGUUCUAGUGUAAAUCAAGAGUUAAAAUCAAGAGUAAAUCAGCAUGGCUCCCAUCUGCGGUCAGAAGUCACUUUCUACAAAGAUUUCCAGUUCUUCGUCACAAAUGAACUGUGAUCACAGUAAACAAUCUGCAGACAAUUUGUGGAACUUCUCCCUCCCCAUCAGUAGAAGAGGACUUUUCUUCCAAGAUUCCUUCUUCGGGCAUGCACAGGCACUCUUCAACGACGCCGUCCAAGAGGCACUUGGGAGAUGGGGUGAGACAUCACUUCUCGCUGACAGAUUAGAUGACAAUAAACUCCGUCUCUCCAACAACCUCAGUCGCUACAGACAGCUACGGGAGCACAACCAGAAGGAGGAAGUACUAGCAGUCACCGCCUCCACUGACACAACUUGUCAUAAGAUCGUGAUUGACGUUCAUGACUUUAUGGACGGAGCGGUGAAAGUGAAGGUGGCGGGGGAGAGUGAGGUAGUGGUGGAGGGUCUCACCAACAAUAUGGACUCGUCUGGUCUCUCCCACAGCUUCACACACCACUUUACCUUGCCACACUUCACCGACAUAAAAGCCAUCACUGCUGUUAUGUCCUCCGAUGGCAUACUUACGAUUACCGCUCCUAAAACGACAAAUGGUCCACAUAACGAAGGCUCAGCGAUCCCCAUAAGAGUCGAGGGAGCAGUUAGUGCUGAAGAGUCAACAUCUCUGGCGGCCUCACACAACUCCACCUCCAGCAACACGAAGUUACCAGAGUCACCGGAGGACGAGUGUGACUGCAGAAGUUGUCUUCAGGAUCAAAAAGAACAAAGAAGUCACACUAAGCAACAGCGUGUACAUAAGAUUCCUAUUAGGAUCAACUCAACUCUGGUUAAGAACAAAUGUGAUUUGCAAACCAGUGAUGUAAAAACUUCCUUUAAUAAUACUCUUCAGUCAGAGAUUAAAUCACAGGAAGAAUCAAAACGUAACGCAAUAAACAUUGUUACAAAGCAAAGCAACAGUCAUGAAGACGCAAGCCAUAUCCAGAAAGCUGCAAGUGUUUCAUCAAACACAAGAGCCACUUCCAGCAAGCAACACACUUCGGAGAAUCACGCUAACACUGCCUCCGAGAUCCAGACAAAGAAAUCAUCCGUUGACAAAGAGGUUCGAAAUAUUCCCUUGUCUCAGAGCAGUUUUCUACCAAUUACCAGAAGAGGGCAGUUCUUUAACGACUCGUUCUUCGAAGAUGCCCAAAAAGACUUCCAGAACGCCGUCAACGAGAUCCUUAGAAGAUGGGGCCGGGAAGAGCUUCCCUCUGACAGAUGGGAAGACUCUAAUCUCCGUCUUGGUAGCAGUCUCAGUCGGUACAGACAGCUCAGAGCCCACAACCUCAGGGAGGAGAACCAGGCCAUAACGAUCACCACUAACGAUACUUGUCACAAGAUCGUGAUGGAUGUUCAUGACUUCAUGGAGGGAGAGGUGAAGGUGAAGGUGGUGGGGCAGAAGGUGGUGAUGGUGGAGGGUCACACCAACAGUAACACCAACACUGGAGACUUCUCUCUAACUUCUCAGAGCUUCAGGCGGCAGUUUUCUUUGCCAGACCAAACCAACAUUGAGGUCAUCACUGCCGCCAUGUCCUCCGACGGUAUACUCACUAUCACUGUUCCCAAAAGUGUCAACCGAGGACAGAAUAAUGGCAUGAUUAUUCCCAUCACAAUUGAAGGUAAUCAUAAUAGUGAAACUGACGUGAAGGGUUCGGUCACAUCCGUCUCUAAGGCAACUACAAGCAACACUGCUUCUGAUACAAACUCCAAACUGCUGGAAGUAAAAGAAGAAAACUGCAAAUCUGAAGAAUGUCAGAAGAAGGAGUGUAUGCAAAAUAAAACUGAAUCGACUCUACGACAAAAUGAAGAGAAGAAGUUUGCAACGAUGCAGAAGGUUUCUGCUAACAGCACAAAUAGCUCCAAUUCAAGCUGUACAAAGCAGAGAGACACCGAAGUCACUGGACUUGUAGGAACUUGUGGUACUCAUGAUGAUACUUCGCAACAGAAGUUGUCAGGCGUUUCAUCAAAGAGCGAACAACUAUCUCGUUCUCAUCAUUCUGAAAUUAGGCAGUUCUGUGAGCCUGGUAACAUCCACAUCUCUAACUUGACAACUCUUCCCAUCACGACAAGGGGUCUCUUCUUUGAUGAUUCCUUCUUCCAAAAUGCUUGGAAAGAUUUCCAGGAUGCUGUUAAGGAGGUGGUGUCCAGGUGGGGGCAAGAAUCAUCCACUUCAGACUAUUUAACCUGCUACAGAAACCUUCGAACUCGUGACCUGAAGGACGAGAAUCAGGCAGUAAAGUCUUCCGAGGAUGAAUUUAACUAUAAGUUUGUUGUGGACGUGCAAGACUUCACAGACGGAGGUGAGAUCACUGUUAAGGCUGUGAACGAGAAAGAGUUGGUGGUGGAGGGUCACGUGGAGAAGAAAGAGGGAGGAUCAAAGUUCACAAAGAAGUUCCUUCGUCGUUUCGUUGUGCCGGGAAGUAUUUAUUUAGAAUCAGUUACGUCAGUUAUGUCUUCAGAUGGUGUGCUAACUAUCACUGCACCAAAGAAGCCCGAAACAUUGAAAAUCAAGGAGGUCAUCGUGCCCAUGAGCGUCGAGGAAGGAACUAACGAGGCGAAGAGCUUCAACCAGUCGUCAAGCCACACCUUGAGGGCAAGUGUUGAAACUCCUGCCAGUGAACCAUCCACAGCUGUUACCAUAGACACCGAGGAGAACUGCGACUCGCCUUCUGUAGAUGUCUCCUCGACUUUAUUUUCUGCCACUGAGUUAACGCAGCAUGAUGGAUCUUCAACUCAUGACAUCUCCUCUCUUCCUCUAGACACGGUCAUUUGCAGUAAAGAACACGUCAUCCCAGUACAACUCGAAGAAGAAUUGCAAACUCUUUCAUGUGAUAUGAAAUCUAUCACAGCAAAGAACAAAAUAUCUCAACGUGAUCAGCUAACGAACGAAACAUCUUUGGGAACUAAAGUCACCACUAUUGAGAACUUGUCAUCUAAAGGAACAACUGAGAGAAAUGAGCGCACCUCUGAUAAAUCUGAAGUUGCUUCAACUAUCCAGAAAGUCAAUAUGGAAGGUCAAGCCGCAAACCUGAACUGCCAAACAAAGUCCAACGUGUUUAAUGCUAAAGAAGUAGAUAAAACCAAGUUAAAUGUUGCCCGCAAUAUUCAAGAUCAACGUGAGAAUAUUAACUGUGUUUCCGUUAAUAAACUUGUACCCAUAAGCAUGAAGGGCUCCUUCUUCAGUGAUACUUUCUUCGAGGAUGCCAGAGAAAACUUUGCGGCUGCGGUCAAGGAUGUACUGAGGAGGACAAAUGUAGCAACUUACCUGAGUGACGAACUCUCUUCCUACCGGAACUUGCGACUAAGAGAUUUAAGAUCAGAGAACCAAGCCUUCCGUGUAGAAGAAGACCAGCAUGCCUUGAAAAUUGUGGUAGACGUCUUCGACUUCAUUGGAGGUGACGUGAACGUAGAAGUUGUUGGAGGAAAAGAAGUUUUGGUUGAGGGAAAAGCCAAGAGACAAGAGGGAACAUCGGCAGCCACACAGACAUUCCUGCUGCGGUUCUCAUUGCCUCACAACGUUGACCUGCAGGGAAUCUCCUCGGCCAUGUCCUCCGACGGCGUCCUCACAGUCAUUUCUCCCAAGAUACAAAAGACUGUCGGUUCCGAUGCAUCGAACAUUGAAAGGACAAUUGAGAGUCAUUCAAGGAUGGAGAGCCACAGCGACACAGGAAAAUCGUUGCAGGAGAAGAAUAUGCGACAGUCAAUCAAAGAAUCCGAGGGCUCUAGCUCCCGGUCCUUCAGCAGCUGCCAACGCUCUCAGCACCAAUAUUCCUCCAACAAACAAUUUUAAUGACAAUAUAUUUUCCUUUAACAAUUAAGAGAAUAGGAUUUUUUCUUAUUAGAUGUGUUGAUAAUUGAUGAGAAAAUAAUUGAUGUUAAAUUCAAAUAGUAUGUUAAUCCUAAUUAAGCCAAAAUUAUUAUAAUAAUGGAAUGUUUUGUGAUCGUGAGAUUACAAGAUUAUUGAACGUGAGCGGCGCCAGUUGUGGAUGACAGCAACUUUACAGGUAAGGAACGCAUCAUGCUUUAAUUGUCACAGAUUAUCACAUAUCCUAUACAUAUAGGAUAUGACAUAAUUUGUUACCAGUAUAUCUCAUAUUAACUGACAUAUACUGUUAAGAAGCCUCAUAUAUUAGACGAGAUAUACUGAUAAGAAGCCUUGUAUGUUAGACAAGAUAUUCAAGAAAUUUUAUAUAUUGCUUGGUUUUUAUGGUUGUAUAACUGAUAAUGCUAUUCUGAUAGUUCUGUUAAUUCCUACAGAUGUCACGACCUCUGGCGCCGCGGUGACCUGACCUGCAGAAGUAACCUAAACAUUCCCUUGUUAGAAAUAACUUUUACGAAUUAUUAUACUGGAAAUUACAUUCAAUAUAUUAAUGGGAAUUUUGUAUCGAAUUUUGUUAUAUUGUUAACGAAUAUAUUUGAUAUUUUAAAAUAAUAUUUUAUAAUAUAUAUAUUUAUUCAAAAAAUAAAUGAAAUUAAAUAAU